AUGAACGCUACAAACUUACAAUUCAACACUAGACAAGACAAAGAGUUACAAAAAUUAGGAUAUGGUAUAGCAAAAAGGAUGGGAAGGACACAUUUCCUACUUUAUGACACGCAGAUGAUGAACACCACUAUGUUGUGGAUAAAGAAAACUGUUCAAAUAUUCCCCAAUUUAGAGCACUCAUUUGUAUUUGGUCCUAAGGGAGCAAAUAUAACCAGUGUAAAGCUUACUAAAUCAUGUUGUGAAUAUGUUGAUCCAAUAAGUUUUGUUAACUAUACCGCGAAGUAUCUGUUCUUCGAUUUCCGCUAUGGACGAAAUCCACUGUAUUUCACAGACUAUUUGAAUGAGAUUCGAAAACUGCUGGAGUUUUCGUCGGAUACCCGACGAGAAGGACAAUACAUCCUGGAUACUCUCAAAAUGUAA